AUGAUCAUAACUUCAGUAGCACAGCACAGAACCCCAAUCAAGAUGCCAGUCAGCAAGUCAUUAUCUAAAAUACAAAAGAGGUUGAAAACUGGUAGUAAACAAACUACUGUUCACCCAAAGGGACGUAAAUUUCAACAGCUAAAUAAAGCUACCAUUCGUGAAAGUAAAAUUGCAGCAAAGAAGAAGGCUUAUAACGAAAAAAGAUCCAAUGAAUUAGCCAGGGUAAAGUUUAUUCAAGAUGUGAUAAAUUUGGAAUCAUUUAAAGAACAAAAUACUUUUAGUCAUGAAGAAACCGCUGUAUUUAUUCAACAAUUUAUUGCGAGGGAUGAUGAUGAAUUAGAUGAAUUGAAGAAGAAGAGAAGAGCCAACAGACCACCAACAAGUAAGCAACAACUUCUAGAACAGAAGAAGAAAUUGGAAUUAGAAGAAUUUGAAAAAGGCUUUUUCUGUCCAGAUCUAACUGAUGAGAAGACAGUAAGCUUCUUAAGAGAGUGGAAUCAAACUUUUGGUGGUGUUAAUAGUAUUAAAUUCAUUAGAGUCACUGAUAAAGGUACCCAAGUGCUGAAUUCAAAAGUUGAACUAACUGAUAUUGAAAUGCAAUGA